AUGUUUACAAAGAUAUGUGCUAUAUUAACUGAUCCACAGAAUUGUAAUGCUGAAGUUGAUUUGGAUCCAAUUCUCUGUGUAAAAGAGCUAUUAAAAUUUGAUUUAGAAAAAUAUUUAUGCGAAGAUGAAGAAGGCGAUGCUCUACAGAAACUGCAGGUGAAAGGAUAUCAAUUUGAAGAUUUAACAAUCUCUACGUCAGCGAUCAUCCACCAGUCGCUUUUUAAUAUUGAAAUGCGUAAACGUACGAAUAUAUUAGAACAUCUCCUUGAAAAAAGUAAAACAAAACAAAAACCAACAAAUCCGCUCUAUUCUCCUAAAAGUCUAUUCUUGUUCUAUAAGUGGUUCGCCUAUGUACCGCUAUGGAGUUGUGUCUUUCUCGAAUUUAAAGAACGGUGAGAAAAGGCUUUCGAUGUAUUGUGUAUCAUAAAUAACUAUAUUUUCGAUCUGUAUCUUU